AUGCUAGAUUUGGGUCCGUUCUCGAACGAGAACUUCGACCCCAAGAAAUGGAUUAAUUCGGCGUCUCAGAGUCGACACCCUCAGGACUCUUUGGACAAACACCUCGUGGACACAGAGAUGAAGCUCCAGAUGGUGUCCGAGGAAAUCGCCGCGUCGCUCGAGGAACAGAGCGCCGCCGCUCUCCUCCGCGUCCCUCGCGCCACUCGCGACGUCAUCCGACUCCGCGACGACGCUGUCUCUCUUCGUUCCGCUGUCUCCUCCAUCCUCCAGAAGCUCAAGAAGGCAGAGGGAUCGUCGGCUGAAUCUAUAGCUGCACUUGCUAAAGUCGACGUUGUGAAGCAGAGGAUGGAAGCUGCAUAUGAAACGUUGCAGGAUGCUGCGGGAUUAACUCAAUUGAGUUCGACUGUGGAGGAUGUAUUUGCCAGUGGAGAUCUGCCUCGUGCUGCAGAAACUCUAGCUAACAUGAGGCAUUGCUUGUCAGCAGUUGGAGAGGUUGCCGAAUUUGCCAACAUAAGAAAGCAACUAGAAGUCUUGGAGGAUAGGCUAGAUACGAUGGUGCAGCCUCGUAUUACAGAUGCGUUAAGUAAUCGCAAGGUUGAUGCUGCUCAAGAUUUACGGGCUAUUCUCAUUAGAAUUGGAAGGUUUAAGUCUCUGGAAUCACAAUAUAUAAAGGUUCAUCUGAAACCAAUUAAGCAGCUUUGGGAAGAUUUUGACUCUAGAGAACGAGCUCAUAAGUCUGCCAAUGAGAAGAAUGAGAUGGAGAGAUUAUCAAGUAAUAGUGAUUUUCAGUCAGUUUCACCAGCAAUACCAUUCUCCAGUUGGCUACCUAGCUUUUAUGAUGAGCUACUGCUUUAUCUUGAACAAGAAUGGAAAUGGUGCAUGAUUGCUUUUCCUGAAGAUUAUAAAACUUUUGUCCCGAGGUUACUAAGUGAGACUAUGAUGACUAUAGGGACCGGUUUCAUAUCUCGUAUCAACCUUGCUAUUGGAGAUGCUGUUCCAGAAACAAAAGCACUGGCUAAAGGUUUACUCGAUACUUUGGUUGGAGAUAUGCAUAAAGGCAUUAAGAUUCAAACUAAGCAUCUCGAGGCCUUGAUUGAAUUACACAAUAUGACUGGGACCUUUGCGAGGAAUAUUCAGCACUUAUUUUCUGCUUCUGAUAUCCGAGUUUUAAUGGAUGUGCUGAAAGCUGUGUACUUGCCUUAUGAAUUGUUUAAACAGAGGUAUGGACAAAUGGAGCGAGCCAUCCUUUCGUCUGAGAUUGCGGGAAUAGAUUUAAGAGGAGCUGUUGUUCGAGGGGUGGGAGCUCAGGGUGUUGAACUCAGUGAAACAGUUCGUAGGAUGGAGGAGUCUAUUCCUCAAAUAAUUAUACUUCUUGAAGCAGCUGCAGAGAGAUGUAUCAGCUUCACUGGAGGUUCUGAGGCAGAUGAGCUGAUUCUUGCUCUUGAUAACAUAAUGUUACAAUACAUUUCCACUCUGCAAGAAACACUGAAAUCACUGAGAACUGUCUGUGGUGUGGAUUAUGGAAGUGAUGGUACUUAUAAGAAGGAGACAGAGAAGAAGGAUGGAAACCAAAAUUCUCGAAGAGUUGAUUUGAUAUCAAAUGAGGAGGAAUGGUCCAUAGUCCAAGGGGCAUUGCAGAUCCUGACAGUUGCAGAUAGCUUGACAAGCAGGUCUUCUGUAUUUGAAGCAUCUUUAAGAGCUACACUUGCUAGAUUGAGCACAACACUAUCUUUUUCUGCAUUUGGUUCAAGUCUAGACCAAAACCAGACUAUAAAUAUUAGCGUAGAAGAACAGUCUUAUGGAGGAAGGGCUGCCUUGGAUAUGGCAACACUGCGGUUGGUUGAUGUGCCUGAGAAGGCCAGGAAGCUCUUUAACCUUUUGAAUCAGUCUAAAGAUCCCCGGUUUCACGCACUUCCCCUUGCAUCUCAAAGAGUUGCAGCAUUUGCUGACACUGUUAACGAACUUGUAUAUGAUGUCCUCAUAUCUAAAGUGCGGCAACGCCUGAGUGAUGUGUCCCGUAUGCCAAUUUGGUCAUCAGUUGAGGAACAAGUAGGCUUUCCUCUUCCUACCUUCAGUGCAUAUCCACAGCCCUAUGUUACCAGUGUUGGUGAAUAUCUUCUUACUUUACCCCAACAAUUGGAGCCACUUGCUGAGGGAAUCUCUAGCAAUGAAGUCAAUGAUGAAGCGCAGUUCUUUGCAACUGAAUGGAUGUUCAAGGUUGCAGAGGGUGCAACUGCACUUUACAUCGAGCAGUUGCGUGGGAUUCAAUACAUUUCAGAUCGUGGAGCACAGCAGCUAUCAGUUGAUAUUGAGUAUCUUAGUAACGUGCUUUCUGCUCUAUCAAUGCCAAUUCCACCAGUUCUGGCUACAUUCCAAAGUUGUCUUUCUUCUCCAAGAAACCAGCUAAAAGAUCUUUUAAAGACAGAUUCAGGAAACCAACUUGAUAUGCCAACUGCAAACCUUGUUUGUAAGAUGCGGCGAGUCAAUUUGGACUCAUGA